CCAAUAACUUUAAUAUCUCACAUCUGCAGCUCUACAUCUCUCGCCUCCACUCGAUGGUAAUUACUGCUUAUAAGCUAUAUACCGGGAUAAUAAGCAGAGCAUUGGUAUAUUAAAGAAAUAGCAAGCUAAUUUAAUUAUUGAAUAACAGAUUUUUAUUUUUUAUUUUGUCUUCUGUCAAACAAGCCAAUGAAUGAUCUUGAAUUGUCAUCUCUGAAUUCACUCCUACAGGUCUAAUCAAUGAAUCUCAGAAAUAUUAGCAGAUAUAGAUCUUUCUGUCCGUUUUUAGGCAGCAACACAACAAAGCAACUAUCUACACUCUCUAGAACUACUUCUAAUGGCUUCACUAGCAAUCUCACUACAAAAGCCCAAUCUUGUCCUGUCAUGGGCCCAGCUAUGCAGCAACAAAAGAAACAUUACGCUUCCGUAGCUUCCAAGAAGGACGUAGACGCUAUACACGCAAAGGAAGGCGUAAAGAAGAGCUCUGGUGGCGUAUGUCCGCACGCAGCUGCAGGUAUCGCAGCAGCAAAGGCAGCAGCAGCAGCAGCAAAUGCUCCAAUACCACAACCAGCGCAACCAUCAACUAGCAACGCUUUAUUCAACUAUGAAGAGUUCUACGCCAAUCAACUCCAGAAAAAGCAUGACGACGCUAGUUAUCGCUACUUCAACAAUAUAAACAGAUUGGCUCAGAAAUUCCCAGUAGCUCACACUUCACGUCCAGACGAGGAAGUCACUGUUUGGUGCUCUAAUGAUUACCUCGGUAUGGGCAAAAAUCAGAUCGUGAUAGACACUAUGAAGAAAACCUUAGAUAAAUAUGGUGCGGGCGCAGGUGGCACUCGUAAUAUCGCAGGUAAUGGUCAACUUCACCUUAGUCUCGAAGCUGAACUCGCUUCACUUCAUCGCAAAGAAGCUGCUUUGGUUUUCUCAUCCUGCUACGUAGCCAAUGAUGCUACAUUAUCAACACUUGGUUCAAAGCUCCCUGGAUGUGUUAUUUUCUCAGAUUCGCAGAAUCACGCUUCAAUGAUUCAAGGUAUCAGACACUCUGGUGCUAAAAAAGAAAUUUGGAAGCAUAACGAUCUCAACGACUUGGAAGCUCGGUUGAGAAAAUACCCAAAGGAAACACCAAAAAUUAUCGCAUUCGAAUCUGUAUACUCAAUGUGUGGCUCAAUCGGACCAAUCAGGGAAAUCUGUCAGUUGGCAAAGAAAUACGGUGCCAUCACAUUUAAUGAUGAAGUACACGCUGUUGGUAUGUAUGGACCAACGGGUGCGGGUGUAGCUGAGCAUCUCGAUUUCCAAUCACAUUCAAAAACAUCCGAGGCUGUUAAAGGCUCAGUUAUGGAUCAAGUCGAUAUCAUAACCGGUACACUCGGUAAAGCUUACGGUGUCGUUGGUGGAUACAUUGCAGGAUCAGCAGAUUUCAUUGAUAUGAUCAGAUCAUACGCACCUGGAUUUAUUUUCACUACAUCAAUUCCACCUGCUAUUGCAGCUGGUGCUCAAGCAUCCAUAGCAUACCAGAAAGCUUACAGAGGUGAUAGAAUUAAGCAACAAAUUAAUUCUCGUAAUCUGAAAAACAAAUUACGUGAUGUUGAUAUUCCCGUCGUACCAGGACCUUCACAUAUCGUUCCAGUACUCGUCGGUGAUGCUGCAUUAGCAAAGCAAGCUUCAGAUAGUUUACUCGUCGAUCAUGGUGUUUACAUGCAAGCACUUAACUUCCCCACUGUUGCCGUUGGUGAAGAAAGAUUAAGAAUCACACCAACACCAGGUCACUCAAUUGAAGCUAUGGAUCAUCUCGUUAGAAGUCUUGAUGAAGUUUGGAACAAGUUAUCAAUUCCAAGGGAAUCUGAUUGGAUUAAAAUGGGUGGAAGAGCAGGUGUUGGUCAACCUGAAUUAGUUGACGCUGAGAGUUUAUGGACUGAUAGUCAACUCGGUUUACUAGGUGAAAACCACCACGUACCUGAUAUUUUCAACUUUGACGUUGAACAGGCAAAGCAAAUAGCUACAGAAAGACUUCAAGAGUUAUUAGACCAACAUGCUGAUGAUGAUAUCGUUCGUAUCAUAAAUGGAAGUGAAUAAGUGGAUAUUCGUAUACUUCCUUUCGUAAAAAUUUCAGCAUUGUAUUCACUGAUAUGAAAUUGUUAUACAUUACAUAUUG